GUGGAAUGUUGCCUUGUCCCUCUCUACAUCCUGCAAAAAGCCCACACUUCUUCCCUCCCUCGUUUUAGAGAGAGAAACAAAAUGCAGCAGAUUUUCAUAUAACUCAGGAUUUGAUGAGAAAUCUAUGCAUACAGAGAGAUCAAACUGAAGAAUUCGAGCAAAUAAGCACAGCGAGAACUAAAUUUUAUUUAAACUUUACAAUUAGAACGAGUAUCUGAAAUUACUGAAAACAUUGCGUAGAUAUAAACCAACUUUCUUUUUCGAAGCUUCCGAUUAUAGUAUUGACUAUUUUUUCAAUUGAUGUUUUAAAUAUUUUUAUAUAUUUAAUUUCUAUUUUACUUUUUGGAGUGUAAAUACGAGGAUUCUUUUGUAUAUCAGUUACUAGUUCAUCCUGGAUUGCCAGAUUAGUAAAUCUGGGUGGGUUGUUUUACUUUAUCGUCUUCAGAUGUGGAUCAGAGGAGAAGGACAACAAAUCAAACAACCUCCGAGUCAUCAAGUAUUUAACAAAACAAAUCAUAUAGAUAGCUCCGAUCAUUGAAAGGUCAACAUCAUCUUGGAAUCAGUUUAAGGUGUUUGUUUGACCAUGGCGAACUGUGAAGAAGCAAAGAAUUGUAAGCCCGAAGUUACAUCUUCUUCACCCCCUCAAGAGCAGGAGCAGCAACAGCAGCAGCAGACCAGUCAUGUGUAUCCUGAUUGGGGAGCCAUGCAGGCUUACUAUGGCCGAAGAAUGGCUAUCCCACAUUACUUCAACUCAAGUGUUACAUCUGGUCAUACACCUCCACCUUACAUGUGGGGCCCAUUACAGCAUAUGAUGCCACCUUAUGCUGCAAUGUAUCCACAUGCAGGUGUUUAUGCACAUCCAGGAGUUACUGUUGCUGCAAGUCCUAUGCAUGUUGACUCUCCUGCCAAGUCAUCAGGGAAUUCAGAUCGUGGAUUGAUUAAGAAAUUGAAAGGAUUUGAUGGGUUGGCAAUGUCAAUAGGGAAUGAAAAUGGAAUCUCUCACAGUGGGGAGACUGAAGGUUCUAGUGAAGGAAGUGAUGGAAAUACAACAGAGGGAGCUAAAAGUGGUCAGAAAAGAAGCCGUGGUGGAUCAUCUACAAGUUCUGAAAUUGGCAAGACUGAUGACCAACUUCCUUCCACCAAUGAAAAUGGAAGCUUAAAGAAAGUAAAAAGUAUUACUGUUGCUCCACCUAAUGUUACCAUGUUUCAGAAUGAGAGAGAAUUGAAAAGGGAGAGAAGAAAACAGUCUAACCGUGAAUCUGCCAGGAGGUCACGCUUAAGGAAACAGGCUGAAGCAGAAGAACUUGGAACAAGAGUUGAAUCUCUCACCAAUGAAAAUUUGACACUCAAAUCCGAGAUUAACCGAUUAACUGUUAAUUCAUCAAAUCUGAAGCUUCAAAACGCUAAAUUAAUGGAAAAACUCAAAAAGUCACAAAUUGAACAAGACACAGAAGACCCAAGGCUAGACAAAAAGGGUUUGACUCUGAGCACUGCUAACCUUCUUUCCAGAGUCGAUAAUGGUUCUGGUACCGGUACUGAUACUGAUACUGAUACUGAUACUGAUACUGAUACUGUUGGUUCAGGUGCAACACUGCGUCAGCUUUUGGAUGCUAGUCCCAGGGCUGACGCAGUUGCUGCAGGAUAACCCACAAAAGAUUAUAAUUAAUGUCUUUUGUGUUUUAAUUGUUAAAAGUUAAUUGUGUAAUUUGGGUGUAUUUAUGUGAUGAAAUUAGUACUAACAGUUGAGUAGAGAGAAUUAAUGUUAUUAUCUUAAACAGGAAGUGUGAGUGAGUUUUAGAAAUUUGUGCAGCAAACUGAAACGUAAUUUUGGUUUUCAGAGUCUGCUUGGAAGUUGUAAUUAGUUAACCUAAUAUUAAUCUAUAUACAUGGUUUGUGUAAGAUAUAA